UUCUAACCAAAUUUUGUAGUUCUGAUACUUCAUACUUGGUAUCAGCUAGCCACUGCAUAUCUUUCUGGAAUUUCUGUUUGAUCUUAUUCUUGUGUUAAUGUUUGGUUGCUGAAAUUGCUUUAAUCAAUAAUCUCCCAUGCAUUUAGCCAAUUUUUCUGGCAUCCAGUCAGUAGCAGGGAGAUCUUCUGCUUGGGCCAUUUAAAAGCUCUUAUCAGGUUGCAAAUGGCUUCCGAGUCAAAGCCUCAAGAAGAAGCUGAUGAAGACAGGAUCAGCAAACUGCCAGAUGAUGUUCUUUGUCAUAUUCUUUCAUUACUUGAUACACAUGAAGCGGUGCGUACAACUAUCCUGUCAAAAAAAUGGAACAACUUCUGGACUUCACUUCCAAAUCUUGAAUUCUAUGACAAAUAUUUCCCUACAUCAUAUUCAUGGCUCGAAUAUGAAUGUGAUCCUUUUAUGACGUUUGUUGAUCGUGUAAUGCUUCUUCAUGACUCAAAAGACAUCCGAAAAUUCUCUCUUUCUCGUAUGCAUAGAGAAGUUGAAUUUGUGGUUGAGGAUGUAUAUCAUAUUCAUCGCUGGAUUGACGCUGCCAUUGAGCAUAACAUUGUUGAACUUGAUCUUUCUCUUGUGGACUGCAAGGGAAUGAAUUUUUAUUUGCCUCAGAGCCUUUACACAUGCACAACGCUAGUUGUUUUGAAGGUAGAAUCAAAUUGUAUUUCCUAUGAUCCUCCCAUCACAGGUUGUUUUCCAAGGCUUAAGGUGCUUGUUGUUUCAUUUACGAAUCCUGAUAGUCCUGAUCCAGUUAGGAGACUCUUUUCUUGUUGCCCUGUACUCGAAGAUCUAGCUAUAUAUGGAUAUCCUGGAAGAGAUGCUUUGGAUAUUACUAUCUCUGCACCUGAAUUGAAGACAUUAAAGAUACAUUUGAGCUGCAAUGAAUAUUAUAUGUAUGACCCUGCAUACACUUUUAAUAUUGAUGCCCCAAAGCUGGAAAACUUCAGUCUCAAGGAUCCUUGGUUUCUUUCAAACUAUCAUUUGGAGAAUGGAAAUUCUUUAGUUAAAGCUAAAAUUGUACUCAACGACUCAGAGGAUUAUGAUCCUAUCGACUUUGCUGAUCGUACAACUGCCUUACUAGGAAGAAUUUCAAAUGUUGAAUGCUUGUCUUUUUCAGCUGCAUUUCUGGAGGAUUUUCAUCUUUCCACUUUUGAUACUCUGUACCAAUUGGAGCUGAGUCUUGGUGGUUGCAAUAACUGGGAAUUGCUAAUAGAGUUUCUCAAGAAAUCUCCAAAUCUGAAACAUCUCGUCUUAAAAAAUAAGGGCCGUUUACCAUAUUUUGAAUUAGAUGAGCUUGAAAGUAAUCUGGUUAGUCCACCAGUGUCACCAAAUUGUUUGCUUUCAUCCCUAGAGACUAUCUCUAUUAAGCAAUUCACGGGACAGCAGGAUGAGAUGGAAGUGGCAGAAUAUUUGUUAAAGAACGGUGAGGUGUUGAAAACAAUGAAGAUCUAUAUUAUGAAUCCUAGAUCUACAGGUGAGCCUACAAAAGAAGAGUUAUCCAAUAAACUUUUAAUGUAUGAAAAGGGUUCAAAAACUUGUCAAGUUGAAGUUAUCUAUGAUGAAAAUUGGACGAAGUAUACUAAUGUUAUAAGCUGUAGUGAGAUAAGGGAAUCGGUUGAGAAGUAUAAGAGACUUUCAAACGUGCGUCUUGUUAACGUUGUAAAAGAAUAAGAUGACUCUUUUUUAUGUUAGUUUGCUUUCUGUUGUAUAAGUUUCUUAUCAACUGUGUGUAUCUUCCUAUAACUAUGAAAUUGUAUUAAUUAUUACUGUGGUGA